AGUAACAUUAUUUGCAGGAUACAAUGUCAUAUCAAGGGGUUAGUGGUCCACUUCAGUAUUCUAAGAGGACUCACUGCUAAUGAAAUCAAAUGCUUAGAGAAGCAUGAGAUGCAGGGCUUUAGCUUGUAUUUUGGCUCAACUAAGGUGGUCAGUUAAUUUCCACAGUAUAGCACAACGUUGCAUUUCACCAUUGCAACUUUUUUCAAAACAAAAUAUUGGCAAAAUCCUCUGAUUUCCCUUUAAUUACAACCUGGCUUGAAGACUGGAAUGAUUUGUUUGUUUGAAGAAUGUUGACGUUAGAGUGGGAGUCAGAGGGACUGCAAACAGUGGGUAUUGUUGUGAUUAUAUUUGCGUCUCUGAAGCUGCUUCAUUUGCUGGGACUGAUUGAUUUUUCAGAAGACAGCGUAGAAGAUGAAAUGGAAAUGGCCACCGUGCGGCAUCGGCCUGAGACUCUUGAAUUGCUGGAAGCACAGAGCAAAUUCACAAAGAAGGAACUUCAGAUCCUGUAUAGAGGAUUCAAGAAUGAGUGUCCCAGUGGGAUUGUUAAUGAAGAGACCUUCAAAGAGAUUUAUUCUCAGUUCUUUCCACAGGGAGAUUCCACAACUUAUGCACAUUUUCUCUUUAAUGCAUUUGAUACUGAUCACAGUGGAACUGUGAGUUUUGAGGAUUUCAUUAUGGGUCUCUCAAUUUUACUUCGAGGGACAGUACAAGAAAAACUCAACUGGGCUUUUAAUUUGUAUGAUAUAAAUAAGGAUGGAUAUAUAACUAAAGAGGAAAUGCUUGAUAUUAUGAAAGCUAUAUAUGAUAUGAUGGGAAAAUGCACUUAUCCUGUUCUCAAAGAGGACGCCCCUAGACAACACGUGGAAACAUUUUUUCAGAAAAUGGACAAAAAUAAAGAUGGAGUAGUUACCAUAGAUGAAUUCAUUGAAAGCUGCCAAAAAGAUGAAAACAUAAUGCGUUCCAUGCAGCUCUUUGAAAAUGUGAUUUAACAACAUGGUUUACUCUGCAAUUAAUGGACAAAUGUGAACUAUUCUUCAACAUUAUUAAAGCUGGAUUUGCCACAUUUACCAUAUGUAGGAUUGCUCAGCUUUACACUGAGACAUGUAUUAUGCAAAUAAGUUUUGUUUUAUUAUAAAGCCUUCCUCCCAAAAAUGAUUUCCCAAAGGUUAGGAAUUAAUCAUUUGUCCUUUAUUUAACUAAUGGACUAUUCUAAAAAUAUUAGGUAUUGCCCCCACAUUUCUAAAAAUAGCAUAGCAUCUGCCAUUAUAUAGCUUUAUUAUCAUUCCAACCCCUAGAUAAAAGAGGCUUUAACACAUGGAAAUAAAAAUGGUUGUUUUCUGAUAUUACCAUUGGAUCAAGUUCCAGAAUCCCCAGCGUCUUAAAAAUCCUUAAAGAGCGUCUUAGCCUCUAUUUUCAGAGAAAUCACCCUUUAUUUCUUUUCACAUUUGUAUGGUGUAAUAAUCAUUUUAAUAUAAUGCUUUUGAAUAAAAAUUGUUACAGAUAAUGAGCCAUACAUAUCUUCCUGCAACAACAUCAAAUUGUAUUUGGCUUUCUUUCCUCUUUUAUUGAAACCUAGCUAAUUUACAUAAGAGGAAGAAAUCUUUUUUAUAAUAAAAAAAUUUAUGACUCAGAUAGACAUGUACCACUGGUAGGCAUUAAACACAUCAUCCUUACCUAAUAAAUCCGCAUUUAUGAAUUUUUCAUGAAAUGAGUACAUGAAGUCCUAUAUAUUGUAUUUGUAAUUCUGGUUGGACUGUCAGUAAAGUUUUCUGCUCAAAACUAAGGACCUGAAAAGGUUUGGAGUUCAAAGUUCUUUGUAAAGAAAUUCAGAGUGGAUUUCCAGAAGUACAUGUCUUACCAGUUUUAAUGAGGAAAAAAGGAGAUAAUGGUCUUUUGAGGCUUCCAUCUCACUUCAGUGCUCAGAAUGCAGUAAUAUCUAGACAGUCUAAUAUCUGUUUCAGUGGUCUGUUUACUAUGAAAAGGGAGUGAAAAAGAAGCAAAAUCUUUAGCUAUACCCCAAUGUUUCUUGUUAGCAGUAAUAUUAUUACAUUUUUUAGGAACAUUAAUUCUAUCAAAGUAGGAAAUACUUUAAUUCUGGACUUAAAAAAAUUAUAAGUGCACAGACCUGAAAGGUGAAAAAGGAUUAUCUUUCGCUAAUCACAAUUAAGAAGUAAAAAUGACUAUACUAUUGUUUUCAAUGAUUCCAGGCCAAUACUUAGAAAUGCAACUGAAAAUAUGGCAAUCUUUAUUGUGACAUUUCUGCACAAAAGAUGUGAAGGGCCUACUAGAGUAGAAAGAAUGCUGCAAUCAUUAUUUUGCAAAAAUAAAUCAGGUAUCUAUUCUGGUGUAGAGAUGGAAUGUUGAAGGCUGCUCUGCUAUCACCAGUGUAGGAAUAAGAGUAGUACAGUACAUGUACACCUGAAAUUUGCUGUAGUGUGUCUGCGUAAAUUAAAUGUGCACAUUUUGUAAAAAAAAUAAAAUAAAUUACAAGAAAGAAAAACAUGCACACUGUUUUUUGUUUUUUGAAAAAAUGCUAGACUACAGACAUGUAUUUAAUACUUAAUUCAGGAUGCAUGGUUAUUUAAAUAGUAAAUUUUGUUAAACUGUUAUUUCAAUACUGUGCUAAGAUUUAAGUUCCUCAUGUGACAGUUUUUAAAAUAAAGAGUGACUGGGAUGGAAUAUGAGAAACAGUAUUCCAAUAUCAAGACCUGAUUUUUACACUAUUUACACUACUAGCGCAACAUUGUACAAGUAGUUUUAAAUCAGUUCUUUUGUGACAGAAAACUCCUUUUCAUUUCCAUAACACUUAUCAUGGAAAUAAAUCAUUACAUAUUUAUUUUUAUAUAGGUAAAAU